AGCCACGUUCCAUUUGAUUUAUUGACAAAGUACAGGUUACAAGAUUUAGGAUUUAGGAUUGAGGCCGCCGACGUCACUUGACCCAACACAAACGCGCGCGCGUCCACGCCGCUGUGCUGUGCAGCCUCUGCUCAGUUGCUCUCUCCUCUGCGACGGUGUUACGUAUGUCUAGUGUGUGAUGACUGGCACCUACAUCCAGCCCGCGGUUUGAAGGAUAUCUCCUGGAAGGAACGUCUUUUUGAGGUCCUAUGGGAGUUCUGACAGCCGCAGUUUGUCUGUUGGCAGCCGUGGGAGUGGGGUGUCGGCCAGUAAUCUCACCACUCAAUGAUGCAAAGGUCAGAGUUGAAUGUAUCAUUCAAGAAACUCUGAAUGGGGAUGGGUCGCAACAUGAGUGUGACCCUCAGCGAGCAGCGGAACUUGAUGAAGUGCAAAGACACCAGGAUCUUCUCGGGGAGCUGCAGAGGCUGGCUGAUGAAGAGAGAGAGCGGUAUGAGUAUAACCUAGCUGAUGAAGAAGGUGAUUUGGAGUCGAAGGAUGACGACAGCGAUGCGACCAAAACAACAGUGGAAGACGAUCCCAAGAAGAGGGAGAUGAAUGAGCCAAAGAUCGAUGACACAGGGAUCCACGAUGACGAGGAGAGAGCUAAGCAGCUUGAGGAGCUGCUAGCCGAAGAGAUCACCAAGAAGGAAAAGGACGAGAGGAAUGAUGACGAGCUCAAAGAGCUGCUGAGAGAGUUGAAGAAAAAGCGUUACGAGAUGAAGGAAAUAGGGAGCCCAAAAAGCAAGUUGUCAGAAAAUGGUCAGGAGGAGGAUGACACUAAGCAAAAGGCGGCAAGAGACAAAGAGGAAGCUCAGCAGGAGAGUGUUGACGAUCACAGGAAGGAUGAGUUAGAGCUGAGUGUGGAGAAAGAAAAGGUGGAGAAGGAGCUGAAGGAGCUGACGCGCAAGAAUAGGCCAGAGGAGGAGAGUGCAAGAAAGGAGAAGCGGGAGGAGCUGGACGAGCUGGUUAAGAAGAUGCAACGAGUGCAGGACGAGGCGCGAGCACAGGCGGGCGGCAAUGGUGCCGACCAGAGCAAGCGCGAAGAGGACGGGGAUGUUGAAAGAGGAGGUAACAAUGGCGCAGGUGACAAUGACGCGAGUAGCAAAGAGGGAGCGGUGGAGGUGAAGGAGCCGCAGCAGAAGAGAGUGAUGGAGAAAGCCAGCGAUGAGGCCACUCGCCAGUUUGAGAGAGAGAGGUUCAAGGACCAGGAGGAGGAUGACGACGAGCCACAUGGGGAGGAUGAGGAAGAUGAGGAUGAGUACAUCAGAGAGGAUGAAGAUGAUGAUGAAGGUGGUUUAGAAGAUGAAGAAGGCGAGGAGCUGCUGGAGAUCGAAGCCCAGUUACGCAAAGUUGCCGCAGAGCUGAGAGAGCUGCGGAGAGGAUAAACACCCACCCACACACGCACACACAGUUGCCCUUGGUUGCAUUCUCAUUCAAACAUUCGGCUCCCCUGAUUCCCAUUAACAUCCUCGUUGUCUCUUCUUUGGAUGCAAAAUGAUUUUUGCUAUUUUCCUACAGUUUUUUCAUCACUGUUAACACAAUGCUAAUUUUAGUUUUGGUGCUCAAGGCGGCUCUCUGAAUCCAUGCUUAGUGGGCUUGUCACCAUCAUCUGUAAAUGUUUAAUUGACAAGUGGAAUCAGCAACUGUCACAGAUGCAAGCAUUCAGCACUUUUAUUUUAAUGCCAUUUUUACCUAGAAACUUUACAUACACACGCCACACAGCAUUUUGGGUGCCGAGUCACUAAAAACAUGCACACAGUGCUUCUUAUCUCAGAAAUGACAACAUUCUCUAUAAGCAAUGCGAGUGUCUCAAUAUCUGUUUUGUGCAAUUAGCGAUAGCUACAUGUAAAGUGUUAUGACUGUUAUGUACAACUGAUAUUUCUACCCAAGGGUAAACAUUCAUUCUUUCAAGUAAUAACUAGUGCUUCAUUAGGCUCGUGUACUGUUAAAAUCAGACUGUUUGUGAUGAACGAGGGUGACACGAACAAAACACAGAUGGAUCUUGUACGUAUGUCAGGUGUUGCACGUGGCAUGUGGAUGUACACGCUGUGUACGGGUAGGUUGGCGUACAGUCGAUGGGAAAUGAUGUACUUAGAGCUUACAAGGUCUCAACGUGUCACUUGAGGUUCAGGACAGCUUUGCACUCUUAAUAAGCCAAGGACGAGGCAGGGACGAGGAAGACACUAAAGCCAUUUUCUUGUCUUUUGGAACACUAACGCUGAAAAUAACCGCUGGACUGUAAUCGCUCGGUGGUAUGGCACCACGUUUGCAGUGGAUGCUGUCUUGUUUUUUUUUGUGCUCGUGUAAAUGUCAUUGCGCCAAGGUCAUACAAAGUAAAAAGCAAAAGCGCCCCCAAGAGGUCACUGCGUCAAAUUGCACAAGGUACACCUUUUAACAGGGUUAGCAAGCAACUCAGUUAACUGCAAUAAUGCAAUAUUCACUGAGGCACACAUGAAUGCAAUAAUGAAUAUUAAACGAGUAAGACAAUACAACAGGUAUUUUAAUACGCCAUUAAAGUGCACAUAUAGUAAUUAUUUAUUAAAUAUGUUCUCUCUUUUCUUUUUUUGUUCUCUAUACAGCCAAGAAUUGCAAUCGGAUGUGAACAAAAGUAAAUAAUCGUUAAGACGAAAAAAUAUUAGUACAACCCUUUCCAAAGAUGAUUGUUCGUUUCAUAAUUGAAAAACGGUUACUGUACUUUAAAGUUGUUUCCUGUACAUAUGUGUAAGAUGUAUCAACCAGCAAGGUAGAUGAAGGAUACGUCUGGAGACAAGUGAUAUUGAGGAUAUUUCAAAACCAUUUAAAAAUAGUAACAAUAUUUGUAAUAUUACUGGCUAAUAUAAUGCUGUAUUUUGUGCCUGCUGUGUCUUCGAUGCUACUCAUUAAUCAAUAAAAGUAUAUGAAACACG